CGCGGCGCGUCCCCGCCCCGGUACAGCCCCUCCUCCCCGCUGUGUUUAUUAGGGGAAGGAGGGCGGAGGCGGAGGCCAGUUCCCUAGCUCCAGCCGCCGUCGCCGUCUCCUGUGCAGUUGCAGCCGCGGCCGUCUCCCGCCAGCUCGCUCCAGGGAAGAACGUGCGCGAGCUCCGGCGUCCCCGCCCUAGCCUUUCCCGGAGCCAUGAAUCCCAACUGCGCCCGGUGCGGCAAGAUCGUGUACCCUACGGAGAAGGUGAACUGUCUGGAUAAGUUCUGGCAUAAAGCAUGCUUCCACUGCGAGACCUGCAAGAUGACACUCAACAUGAAGAACUACAAGGGCUAUGAGAAGAAGCCCUACUGCAACGCACACUACCCCAAGCAGUCCUUCACCAUGGUGGCCGACACCCCGGAAAACCUCCGCCUCAAGCAACAGAGUGAGCUCCAGAGUCAGGUGCGUUACAAGGAGGAGUUUGAGAAGAACAAGGGCAAAGGCUUCAGUGUGGUGGCAGACACACCCGAACUCCAGAGGAUCAAGAAGACCCAGGACCAGAUCAGUAACAUAAAAUACCACGAAGAGUUUGAGAAGAGCCGCAUGGGCCCCAGCGGGGGUGAGGGCCUGGAGCCAGAGCGCCGAGAUCCCCAGGACACUGGCUAUCGGCGGCCCCAGGAGCAGCAGCCUCACCACAUCCCAACCAGCGCCCCAGUUUACCAGCAGCCCCAGCAGCAGCAGGCAGCCCAGUCCUACGGUGGCUACAAGGAGCCUGCAGCCCCGGUCUCCAUACAGCGCAGUGCCCCAGGCGGGGGCGGGAAGCGGUACCGCGCCGUGUAUGACUACAGUGCCGCCGACGAGGACGAGGUCUCCUUCCAGGACGGGGACACCAUCGUCAACGUGCAGCAGAUCGACGACGGCUGGAUGUACGGGACCGUGGAGCGCACCGGCGACACGGGGAUGCUGCCGGCCAACUACGUGGAGGCCAUCUGAGCCCGCCGGGCGCCGCCCGCCCCAUCCGUCUUCAGUGCAUUCCACAGCAUCGCAUCCGUCCUGGGCGUGACCUGUCCACCCUUUGGUGUCUCUGUUUUUUAAAAUCUGCAACAGCUUGUUUAUUCUCCCCCUCUUCCAGCUUCUUUUGCCAACCGAAGCCUUGUUCUGCCACUUUCGCGGCUCCUUCCUCUGGCAGGUUUUCCCCUUGACCAACUCCUUGAUUUUCUCUCUGGAUGGAACAGGUGUGGACCUCUCUGAGGGAAGCCGAGGCCCGUGGGGCUGGUCUGGGGGGGCGACCCGUCAGCUCCCAGGCCUCUGCCUUCUCUCUUUUCUUCCCCCUCAGCCCCUCCUGCCCACCUCCUCACACACCCAAACAUUCCAGGCUGGGGUGAGCCCCAGACCCCCAGGACUCCCAGGGCGGCUGGGAGUUG